AUGUCUUUGUGUAAAGACCUCGUGUACCUCAUACUGCAAUUCUGUAAUGAAGAGAACCUCAAAAAGACGGCCCACGUGCUCGAGCAAGAGACCGGUUAUUUCUUCGAUUUACAGUACUUUGAGGAGUUGGUGAUUGAAGGUAGUUGGGAUGAGGUGGAGAGAUAUCUCUCGAGCUUCACGGCAGCCGAGGACAACAAGUAUUCGACCAAGAUAUAUUUCGAGAUUAGGAAGCAAAAAUAUCUCGAGGCACUAGACAAGCAUGAAUUUGCUGCUGCUUUGGACAUCCUUCUCAAAGAUCUCAAAGUUUUCGGACAAACAAACAAGGAGUUGUACAAGGAAAUGACACAGCUCCUGUCUCUAGAUGAUUUUAGGGAACAUAAUUUGCUUGCCUACUACGGUGAUACGUCCUCGGCCAGAAAAAGGCUCGUAAAUGAACUCAAGAAUUUCAUUGAGGCCAAUCCACUUCUACAGGAAAGAACAAAAUUUCCUCAAAUCAACAAGUCUCGAUUGAGGCGUCUGAUUAACCAGAGUUUGAACUGGCAGCAUAUUCACUGUGCAAAUCCUCAUCCGCAACCCCAUAUCGACACCCUUUUUACUGAUCAUAAGUGUCCUGAGCCGGAUAAUAUGCAGAAUCAAUCGAACAAGGAUAGCUCAUUGGCGAGACCUUAUAUUCGUUUCGACAAGAAAGGCAAUCUGUUGGCUGUUUGUGGUGAUCAUAGAAAAAUCAAAAUAUUGGCAAAUGAUAUCGGUCGUGAGUUGCUGCAAAAUUCUCCAUCAGUUUCUGGUGGUUCGGAUGGAUUUUUGGCGGACUCGUUCAGUAAGCUCUCUGUCAAUCCAACACCUGAACCACUUAAAGCAGUUCUUGAAGAAGGAAAUUCCUUUAGAGGAGAAGCUCCAGAUGUAUGGGAAUAUUAUCCGAGACCUCCAGGGCCUGAAUUACUUACGAAAAUGGCGGUGCCGAAUAUUUCUCAAGUCGUCGAAGUUGCACGCUGUCAGUCUGUGCGGCUCACUUCUGAAAUGGAGGUUAAUAUGAUACGGAGGUUAAUGUAUGCUCGUUCGGGUAAUGCCAUCCUAGCAUUAGCAGAGAAUGGGACUCAUUUACUGUGGAGAUGGCCAAAAAGUUAUGCAAACUCAAGUGGCCUGGCAACCACAAAGAGUGCCCCUAAACUCUUUCAACCGAUGAAUAGAUCAUUAAUGAUAAAUGAUAUUCCUGUGGGUAGCAACAAUGUAUCUUGUUUCACGUGGUCGAACAAUGAUUCAUAUGUUGUCUCAUCAUCGGGAGGGACGGUAAAUUUGUACGACAUGGUCAAUUUUAAGAAAUUGAGAAGUGUAUUCCGAACGCCACCUGGCCCGACGUGCGUUCUGUUCUAUCCAGUGGAUAACAACGUAAUCGCCAUAGGCUUUGAUGACUCGAGAAUCCUCAUCUUCAACAUCCGUGAGGAUAAAGUACUGAGCACGCUUCAAGGGCAUUCUAGUCGAAUCAGUGGCCUCGCUUUCUCGAACACUUUUAAUGUGCUCGUUUCCUGUGCAGUGGACACUGAGAUUGUGCUGUGGGAUACGGUUAAAUGGGAGAAAAAGAGAAGCACAAUUUUGCAGAUUUCGGUUGGGUAUUUGGCUUCAGACCUAUCCGAGACCAUCAUUCAACUCGACAAGGAUCACAAUCACUUUCUUGCCGUGCACGAGACACAGCUGGCGAUUUACGAGACCAUGACAUUAAGACGUAUCAAGCAGUGGACGAUUGCCAACUUCUGUACGCGGAUUUCACAUGCGACGUACUCGUGUGACAGCGAAUUUGUAUAUGCUGUCAUGAGAGAUGGCAUCCUCUUAAUCCUUGACGCCUCAGAUCUCUCACCCAAAUUCGAGAUUGAUUUCUAUGCAUAUCUUCCAUCUCAUCUCAGAUCAGGCGUGGGCCCGUUGGUGGUGGCAGCUCAUCCGCAAAAGCCAUGCCAGUUGGCAUUAGGGUUGUCUAAUGGUGAGGUCGCCGUGAUCGAGCCUCUUGGCUGUGACGAGGAUAAAUGGACCGCGCCCCCCUUCGCCCGAAUUUAG